UCCCCGCUCAGUGUCAGGAGGACGGGAGGUUCCUGUCUGCGCCGCAUUUCAAAUCCGGUCCCCGCUGCUGCAAGUCCGGAGUCUCCAGCUCCUCUCAUGCGAUGAACCAGCUGCCACAUGAUGAGUUUGAGACGUCCUUGGAAAAGGCUGAAGCCUGGAUGAAAGAGAUCCACGAGCGGCUGAAAGAAAAUGACAACACCCAGGGCCCCCGGUCAGCGCUGGAAUCCAGGCUCAGGGAGACGGAGAAUAUCUGCGCCCUGGAACCUGAUGGGAAGAUGCUUGUCGAUAAAGUCCUGAUGAAAGCCGAGGUUCUGCUGGGUGAGAGCAGCGAGGAGGAGACGCACGAGAUCCACCUGAAGCUGGCGAAAAUCAAAGGCUUGUUCGAGGAAACCACUACGUACAUGAUCCACUGUCACAGCCGCAUCGAAUGGGUCUGGCUGCACUGGAACGAGUACCUGAGGGCGCGGGACGAGUUCACGCUUUGGGUUCACAACAUCGUCCUGACCCUGGAGCCGGAUGUGGAGCUGCAGCUCGGCCGGAAGGAGAAACUGUGGCAAUAUGAACAAGCCCGGGUCCUCGUGAAGGACGUCCUCAACCACUCUCUGCUGGUGGACAGACUGCUGGAGGAAGCCGCCUCUCUCUACAACCGGAUCGGGGACCCCAGCGUGGAUGAGAGCGUCCAGAGCGCGAUAAUGGCCGAGUACAUCCGGAUAAAGAAGAAGGCUCAGGAGCGGGUAGAACAACUUGAGAAGAUCUGGAAGGAUCAUGAGGCCUAUGAGGGGGACGUCAAAGGCUUCAAAACCUGGCUGAACAGUGUGAUCGAAAAACUGAAGCUUUAUGUCGGAGCAGCUUCUGAUUGUACAGAAAACAGACUGGACAUACUGCAGGAAAUCAGUAAAGAUGUGGAAAGUGGUCAUAAACAGUUAGAAGUCCUGGAGAUGAAGUCUGCGCAGGUGAUUAAGAACACGUCUCCUAUGGGAGCUGAGAAGAUCUGCAAGGAACUGGAAGAACUGCGCAAAACCCUGAAGGAGUUAAAACAGAUGAACGAUGAAGAGGAGGACACUCUGCUGAAGACGCACAGCUCAGAGAACGCCUUCCUUCUGCUGGCGCGGCAGCUCGAGGCCAACAUCAAUGAAUUCCGUAAAGCCACACAGAGGCUGGAGGAGAGCCUGGAGUCCGGGGAGAGGGUGAAGAGCGAAGACGACCUCAUAAACCUGUGGAAAACCCUGAAUGCCACGAAGUCUGCACUCGCAGCAGAAGAAGCCAAAGCAGAACGGGUGAAAGUGCAGCUGAGAGAUCUCUUCAAGUUCUCCAAGGAUGUUCAGCCUCUGUCUGAUGGAGUCAUCUCAGCCAUGCGUGACUAUCAGAGAGCAAAAAGUAAAGCCUUCAAGCUGAGCACCGACACGGAGUCGGAACUGAGGCAGUUGUUUCAGAAUCCUCUACGGGAAUUUCUCUACUGGAAACCGAUCGCUGAGAGUGUCCUGGACGCCACCGCAGUCCCCAUGAAUGAUGGCGCCAUGAAUCACGAUGCCCUGGACAAUAUUGAGAAGUUACUUGAGGAAAGCGGCACAAUUAAAGACAAGCUGGCCGCCCUGGAGAAGAAGAAGGAGCGCAUACUACUCGUCCUCGGCGAGGAGAAAACCAGGACGCACCUGCAAGAUAUUGCUACCGCCGAAAAAGAGAGAGAAGCCCUUCACCAAGAUCUCCUGCAAAGGAAGAACAGUUUACAGAGUUUGGCUGAGCAGAGAAAGGAGUUUGAUUCUGCAUUUAAAGCCUUGCACCAGAAGAUAUCUGCCAUCCGAGUAAAAAGCAUGAAAGAAAAUGAACUGCAACCGGAUAUUAUUGGGAAGGAGGCGCAAAUUCAAAGACUGCAGACACUGCUGGAAGAGUUAAUGAUCCUCAGUUCCCCCAUCCAAGAGUUAAUUUCCGCAACCAGAUCACACUCGACCCACGCACACAGAGCCGAGCAGAUCCACUCAGAUUACCUAACACUGCAGAGGUCUUUGGAGACCAAGAUACGGAAAAGCAAAGAGAAUAUUAAUAACCACCGGCUGUUCAGCCAUAAUCUGCGAGAUCUCCAGCACUGGAUCAUGAUCACCCGCCAGAAGCUGGAAUCCUACCAAAAUGGUGGCAAGAAUUGGGGCGAGAGGGAUGUUGAGGCGCUGGUGGCUGAAUUGUCAGAAAAGGAAAUACAGCGCCACCUGGUGGAAGCUCAGGGACAGAAGGUGAUGGACACCUCCUCGCCAGAAGGCGCCGCACUCAUCCAGGCAGAACUCAAGCAGCUGAUUGAAUCCUGGAAAUCUUUACAGCAGCUGUGUGAGCAGAUCUCCAGGUGCGGAGUCCGGGGCGUGAAAGAGAAACCACGAAAAUCUAGUCCCAAAUCUGUGCAGAACCCGGCGGACGUCACCAAAAAUCGGACAUCCAGCCCCGUCUCACAUAUGGGUACAGACGACUUCCUGCAGAGGGACAAGACCCCGACCUCCAAGAGGACAGGCACAAGUAUCAGCCACGAAGGGCAAGUCAUUAACAUUAAUUCUCUCGAUGACGUCCGGGUCAAUGGCUCCCCGAGGAACAUGGGAUUUCAGCAAUUUGGGGGCUCGUCCGGGACCAGCUUUAAUGCCAGGACUAACAGUAUUACAGAAGUGGCGGACGGUGACCCUGGUUAUAAUAAAUAUAAUAAACCGCCUGAAGUGUCGGGACAGAAGGAAAACUCCCGCAGGAUCUCCGGCUCUGGUAAUGGAAGCAGUUCUCCGGGUAGAUCUAAGAAUUCAAGAAACAAGAGUGCAGCAGAGAAGAGGAAAGAUGGGACGUGCAGCAUUGACCGCAGCAGCUAUGAAUUCAGAGUGAUCGACCAAGAAGAUGAAAAAUCUGAGAGCCCGGGCAGUGAUGACACUGAUGGGCAUUCAAUCAGUAGCACAGGAAACACUGACAACGGCAAGAAAAAUAUUUCCAUCGACCAUGAGUUUGGACAGAUUGAGAAACGUGGAACUGGUGGCCGAGAAGCGAAUGGUGAUUCUGGGGAAGACGACGCUCAAGGACAUGGACUGAACUUUGUCUCUGUGAGGUUUUCCAGUCUGGACCGUAGAACGAGUCCUUCUCAUCCACCGACAAAGAGCCCAGCAGUGGCCAGAGGAGGGCUGACGGCCAGGACCAGCCUCCUGCAAGAUGGCGAUCUUCACCGCAGAGCUGGAUAUCGGAUUUCUCCGGGAAACCUACAGAUCACCUUAGGUUUUGUUGCAGAAGAGAAUAUGAACUGGACAGGAAAAUCCCCCAAUAAUCCGGGCGCAUCCAGGAGGAACCAGAAGCUUGUGACCCUGGCCGAGUCUGUGGACAUGGUGGAUGCUCCUGGUGCACAGAGACCUGGAGGGAAUGAGGCAAAUGACGAUCACAUGAAGCUGCUGUUGGAGUUUGAGCAGUGGCUUCAGGCAGAAAGCUCAAAACUGAACCGGAUGUGUGCGUCCCAUAUCUCCAGCAACAGCGAAAUAAAAACACGGCAGAGUCAUCUACAGAAGUUGCAGUCACGGGUCCCUCACGGACAAAAACUCUUUGAGUCCCUCCUGCGCAGCAGAUCGUCCAUGAUGGUGACUGAGGACCUGAAACUGGAAGAGCUCCGCUACCUCUGGAUGCUCUACAAAUCCAAGCUCCGUGAUUCUGGGAAACAUACGAAUCUGAAGAUAUCAGAAGAGCCAAGAGGAGUAAUCAAGGGAUCGGGAGGGAUCUGCUCCUUCCUGCACCGGGUGUGUUGCGCUGCGCUGCCUCUGCAGUUGUUGCUGCUCCUCCUCCUCCUCUUGGCGUUUCUUCUUCCUCUUCUUUAUGACUCCAAGAACUGCGCCCUGUCCAACAACUUUGCACGUUCCUUUAACCUGAUGCUUAAGUACGACGGGCCCCCUCCCACCUAAGGCCCCGGCCCCGAGAAUCCUGGAUAUACUGUAAUCACUCUAAUAUGGCAGCUGUACCUUCAUCUUGUAUAUAGUCAUACUGAAAAAUACUGACCGGCCGGUAAACCCUAGCACUGCCAGCAAUGAAAGGGUUAACCACUCCCUGUAUAUAACUGUGAUAUAUAUAUAUAAAAUGACAGCGUAGCGCGUUCUAUAUUUUAUACAUUGUCGCACUAUUUAUGGCUUUUAGGACCUGUAAACGCUCUUUUUUAUGUAAAUGUAUAUAUUUGAUUAUUA